AACCUCCAAUUUCAUUUUUCAUUGAUUCGAAAUCCCUCAGCCUCAGGUGUAAAAAAGAAGCAGAACAAUUCACUGAUUCAGAAUUUGAUAAUGGAUACCAGAAUAUCCACGACCACCUCCAAUGACUAUCCAAACCCACACCCAGAUUUCACUUCUCUCUUCACCAACCUCACCACCACACUCAUCUCUCACCCCAAACCCAAAACCCACCAUCUCUCUUUCGCAUCCAUUUCCUUAAAACCCACAGCAAGACCCCCAAAACCCCAAACCCAAAUCCUCAAAACCCUCUCCGUCCUCGAACGCGCCUUCAUAGGCGCAGCCGGUGGAGGCAUUGCUGGCGCCUUCACCUACGUAUGUCUUCACCCACUCGACACAAUCAAAACCAAACUCCAAACCAAAGGCGCUUCUGACGUUUACGCAAACACCUUCGAUGCAGUCAUCAAAACCUUCCAAUCCAAAGGCAUUUUGGGAUUCUACAGCGGCGUUUCCGCUGUAAUUGUUGGUUCAACCGCUUCUUCGGCGGUUUAUUUCGGUACUUGUGAGUUUGGGAAGUCGUUGUUGUCGAAAUUCGACAACUUCCCUACGGUUCUCAUUCCCCCAACUGCUGGGGCAAUGGGAAAUAUCUUGUCUUCAGCGAUUAUGGUCCCUAAAGAGUUGAUCACGCAGCGAAUGCAAGCUGGCGCGGUGAAAGGGCGGUCGUGGCAAGUUUUGUUGAGUAUUUUGGAGAAGGAUGGUGUGUUGGGUUUGUACGCAGGUUACUCUGCCACAUUGUUGAGGAAUUUGCCUGCUGGGGUUUUGAGUUAUUCGUCUUUCGAGUACUUGAAAGCUGCGGUGUUGAGGAACACCAAUAAGCCUUAUUUGGAGCCUAUUCAGAGUGUGUGUUGUGGUGCAUUGGCUGGUGCUAUAUCUGCUUCGAUCACUACGCCGCUUGAUGUGGUGAAGACUAGAUUGAUGACUCAGGUUCAUGGGGAGGCUGUGAAUAAAGUUGCAGCAGUUGCGUAUAGUGGGGUGGUUGCCACUGUGAAGCAGAUAUUGAAGGAGGAAGGGUGGGUUGGGUUCACUAGAGGAAUGGGGCCAAGGGUUGUUCACAGUGCGUGUUUUUCGGCAUUGGGGUACUUUGCCUUCGAGACUGCUAGGCUUGCAGUGUUGCAGCAGUAUCUCAAAAGGAAGGAGAAGGAAUUCUCUGUUGCUUAAUUUUAUUGGGUUCUGUCAAUGUUCAUUGUCAAGUGACAUCUCAUAAAAUUGGAACCACACAGACAAGAUUAACAUAGCAUUGGCCCCUAAUGUCCCAUAUCGAUGUGUCAAUUGCCUCCUAAUAAGUUUAUGGUGAUGUCUCUUUACCUUUGAAUUCCUUUUUUUACAAAAUUUUAUCUUAGAAAGUUUAUUAAUAGCUGAUCUUUACUUGUGCAUUUUGUAUUCAUUUCACAUAAAAUGGCACUUCAAUAGUUUUCUGAUUC